AUGAAAUUACAGGGUUCUCAAGCUGAAAAUGCCUUCUCACAGUACUGGGAAGAGCAUAUUGGUCUUCCACUCCCUCCACAUUGGUUAGUUACAAAGGCUUCUCCAUUAAGCCUCCAUCAGGUGCAAGUGUUUAUGGAACUUAUAGAGAAAAAUGAAUUAGCCUCCCACAUGAGUUCAUUCUGUAAGCAGGCUAAUGUAGCUUGUUCUACAAAUACACUGAAAAAUAAGACAAUGGAAGAAGACACAACCAAAAUACCCCAGUGGAAUGUUGCCAUAGUGGUUUAUGAACCUUCUCCAGAUGACACACCCCUAUCAGUUUCCAGUGAAGGAGGAUUGCCAUUUUUCAGGGAAUCAAUGGUAAAAGAGGGAGAUAUAAUGCCUAUCCCUGAUCGAAGAGACCCAAUGUCAUAUAUAUCAUUCUUACCGCGAUCUCUGGUAUCAAAAAUCCCAUUUUCUUUUGCUCAGAUUGAUGAAUUAAAGAAGCUUUUUGAUGUGGUAAAUGAAUCCAACAUGGAUGAGUAUAUUCAUGACACCUUAAAGACAUGUGAAAAGAGCCCCAUUCGAGGUGAGCAGAGCACCUGUGUGACUUCCGCCGAGGGUCUCAUUGAUUUUGUUGUCGAGAAAUUAGGGCACCAUCUACAAGUAUGGAGUACUAAGAGAGGCGUCGAAGGAUCUUAUAAUGAGAAUGUCACAAUUGGAGCUGUGAAACUUGUAUAUGGAAACCUCUCUGAACCACCAGCCUUAUGUCAUAGUCAGCCAUUCUCAUUUCAAGUCUAUUAUUGCCAUGUUUUGCAGAAAGUAAAAGUAUAUGCAGUUGAUAUACAUGCUCAGAAGAAAGUGAAUCAAGCGAUCAUGGCAUGUCACUAUGACACUUCAACUUGGAAUCCAAACCAUCAUGCUUUUAAGCUUCUGGGUUUUGGGCCUGGACAAAUUGAAGUCUGUCAUUGGAUAAAUGAGAAUGGAAUGAUCUGGACAAAAAACUCUCAAGGUUGA